CAGGUUUCAGCUUUCAGCCUGCAUUCCUCACUAGCAGCGCCCCAACUCAACACCCGGAGCAGCCGCUCAGCCUCACCGGACUACUCCGCCUACAGGACCGGGUCCGGCUCCGGUUCCGCCCCGCGCAGACUCUGGAGAGUAGAAGCGGAGUAAAGACGGGUUUUAUUAUUUUAUUUCGGCUCUAUGUGGGAACCUGGCCGCUGCUGGUUUCCGUGGAAUGUGGACCUGAUCUGGGAGCGACCAUCAUGUUAGGAGGGAGGUGAUAAACGGAGACGCUGGCUGCUGCACCCCAGCUCAGACGAUUCACAGGAACUGAGAGGAGCGUUCACCGCAAGAAGAAAGGAUGAAAAUGACAGGUCCUCCGACCCGCUGACACUGGAAUGAUAUCCUGACCCUUUUCUCUGAAAGUAAGCAGGUUAGCGAUGAGUGGGGGGAUAUAAUGGCCAAGAACAAGGAUGCACGCCCCCCGAUAUUCGCCGUCAGCGUGGUUGGCCUCUCGGGGACGGAGAAGGAGAAGGGCAACUGUGGCGUGGGCAAGUCCUGCCUGUGCAACCGAUACGUGCGUCCUGAUGCAGAUAAUUAUUACUCCGAGCACACCUCCGUGCUCAGCACGAUAGACUUCGGUGGACGCGUGGUCAACAAUGACCACUUCCUGUACUGGGGGGACGUGUCCCAUCGAGGGGACGAGGGGCUGGACUGUAAAAUCCAGGUUAUCGAGCAAACGGAGUUCAUCGAUGACCAAACGUUUCUUCCUCAUAGGAGCACAAACCUUCAGCCGUACACCAAACGAGCGGCGGCGACCAAGCUUCAGUCGGCGGAGAAGCUCAUGUACAUCUGCACGGACCAGCUGGGCCUGGAGCAGGACUUCGACCAGAAGCAGAUGCCUGACGGAAAACUCAACAUCGACGGCUUCGUGCUGUGUGUCGACGUCAGUAAGGGCUGCAACAGGAAGUUUGACGACCAGAUGAAGUUUGUCAACAGCCUGUACUCCCAAAUCAUCAAGUCAAAGAAACCGAUCGUGGUCGCUGCCACAAAAUGUGACGAGUGUGUAGACCAGCACCUACGGGACUUGCAAGCUUUCGUAACCAGUAAGAAAAACCUAAUGCUGAUCGAAACGUCGGCACGCUUCAACGUCAACAUCGAUCUCUGCUUCAACGCUCUGCUCCAGCAUCUGGAUAAGACAAGAGGUAAACCUAAAACUGUGUCGUACCUGGAGGCCUAUAAGGUCCAGCGGCAGCUCACCGCCUCCGUUACAGACCGCUUUGACAAACUGAUGACUCACACGGUGAGAGAUUAUAACACCACAUGGAAAACAGUUGUAAAUACCCUGAAGGGCCAACAGGACUACGACGAGUUCAUCACCCUGGAGGGCUCCCGGAAAGCACGCAACAUGUUCACCAAGCACAUCGCACAACUGAAGCAGGAGCACAUCAAGAAGAGGCGAGAGGAGUACCUGACAGCUCUGCCCAAAACCCUCAACAAUCUCUUCAACAACCUGGAGCAGGUGGAAACCCUCUCCUGGCACGAGGCUCAGUCCAUAAUCCGCAACCGGCCCGAUUUCCACUACUGGUUUGUGGUGCUGGAGCACACGCCCUGGGAUGAAACGGACCACAUCGAUAACAGCGACCGCAGGAUACCCUUUGACCUCUUGGAUACACACGAGGCAGAGAGGAUUUACCACAACCACGUCCAGCACCUGCUGUCUGAGAAGAGGCGGGUGGAGAUGAAGGAGAGGUUCAAGAAGACGCUGGAGCGGGUCCAUUUCAUCGGUCCGGGGCAGCCGUGGGAGGAAGUCAUGUGCUUCGUCAUGGAGGAUGAAGCCUACAAGUACAUAACCGACUCAGAUCGGAGGGACGUUUACCUUAGGCACCAGCAGGAAAUAGUUGAAAAGGCCAAAGAGGACUUCCAGGAAAUGCUGUUUGAGCAUGCUGAGCUAUUUUAUGACCUGGACCUGAAUGCCACGCCGAGCUGCGACAAGAUGAGUGAGAUCCACAGCGUGCUGAAUGAGGAACCCAGGUACAGAGCGCUGCAGAAACUGGCUCCAGACCGAGAGUCACUCCUCCUCAAACACAUCGGCUUUGUGUACCACCCCACUAAAGAGACCUGUCUGAGUGGACAGAACUGUGUGGACCUGAAAGUAGAGCAGGUUCUGUCCAACAGGCUGGUGCAGCUGGAUCAUGGGCGCGCCAACCUCUACUACAACACCGUCAACAUCGACAAGAUCAACCUGUGCCUCCUAGGGAAGGACGGUUUAUCGCAGGAACUAGCCAACGAGAUCCGAGCUCAGUCCACAGACGACGAGUACACCCUCGAUGGUAAAAUCUAUGAAGUGGAGCUUCUUCCUGUGGACGUUAACUCCACGCUUCUUUUCAGCCACACGUGGGUCACCACCUUCAAGCCUCACGGCUGCUUCUGUGUCUUCAACUCCAUCGAGUCUCUGAACAGCAUCGGUGACUGCAUCGGGAGGAUCAGAGCAGAGAUCGCUCAGGGUCGACGAGAUCGAUUCGCUCAGCCGCUCCCUUUCAUUCUGAUCCUGGCCAACCAGAGGGACAACGUUUGCAAGAACAUCCCCAUCCUGCGACACCAGGGCCAACAGCUGGCAAACAAGCUGCAGUGCACCUUUGUGGACAUCCCCUCAGGGGCUUUUCCUCGCAAGUUCACCGAGUUCCAAAUCAAGCAGGGGCUCCGAGCGGUGCUGGAGGGGCUGAAGCAUAACUUUGACGUGUUGGCCCCGCUGCCCUGCAUCAAAGACCUGACAGAAACAGACCUGAGGAUCGUCAUGUGUGCCAUGUGCUGGGAUCCGUUCAGCGUCGACCUCAUUCUCUCGCCGUUUCUGGACUCACACUGCUGCAGCGCCGGGCAGUCGGGUCAGAGCAACACUCUCAUUCUGGACAAGAUUAUUGGAGACAGCCGGCGCCGAAUCCAAGUCACCAUCAUCUCCUACCACUCUGCCAUCGGCGUGCGGAAAGACGAGCUGGUGCACGGCUACAUUCUGGUUUACUCUGCCAAACGCAAGGCCUCUAUGGCCACCCUGAGGGCCUUCCUGGCUGAAGUCCACGACGUGAUCCCCGUCCAGAUGGUGGCCAUUACUGACAGCCAGGCGGAUUUCUUUGAGAACGACGCCAUCAAGGAGCUGAUGACUGAGGGGGAGCACAUCGCCACAGAAAUCGCUGCCAAGUUCACGGCGCUCUACUCUCUGUCGCAGUAUCAUCGUCAAACGGAGGUUUUUACGCCCUUCUUUAACGAAGUCCUGGAUAAGAAGCUGAGCAUUGAGAGCUCCUUCCUGUUCGACAGCUCCCGGGAGUGCACCAUCGGCGCCAGCGAAGACGUCUUCCCCACCUCGCCUCACAGCCACUCCCCAGCAUACAACACGUACUACCCAGAGUCGGACGAUGAUAACGAGGCUCCGCCCCCCUACAGUCCCAUCGGAGAUGACGUUCAACUCCUUCCCACCCCCAGCGAACGAGCUAAGUACCGAAUUGACCUGGAGGGGAAUGAGUACCCCGUCCACAGCACACCUGUUGGAGACCACGAACGCAACCACAAAGUGCCUCCACCUGUCCGGCCCAAGCCAGUGCUCCCCAAACCCAAUGUGAAGAAACUGGACCCCAACCUGCUCAAAACCAUCGAGGCGGGCAUGCGAGGGAACCGCAGGAUGCCUCGGGGUCCCAUCACACACACGGAAGACGUGGAGGCGUCAGAUAACUAUGCAGACCCGGCGGACUCCCUCUAUAGACCCAGGCCUUAUGACAUAUACGUGGUGCCAGACGACACCCACAACCGUCUGGUCAAAGUGAAAAACUCCUUCGGUGGACUGCCGGGCCUCCAUCCAGGAGAAGAGGAGGAGAACGGAUUCGACAGGAAAUCCCAGGCCGGACGGCGGCCGUCGAAGUACAAACACCGCUCCAAGAUCCUGUUCAGCAAAACGAAAGCCUACCAAAGACGGUUCCACUCCGACAGCGAUGGGGAGGAGUCCUGUCCCGCCACGCAGAAGAAGAAGAAAGGGCGAGCCCACAGGGGCAGCGAGGAGGACCCGCUGCUGUCUCCUGCUGAUCCCUGGAAGAUCGGGAUCGAUAACCCUGCCAUCACGUCCGACCCCGAGCAAGACGACAAGAUGAAGAAGAAGAAAAAGACGCCCAAGACACCUAAAGAACCAAAAAAGGCCAAAGGGACCAAAUCCCCCAAGCCUCUGUACCCGCCSACCCGGAGAACCUGGGAGAGCAACUACUUUGGUGUUCCUCUUCAGAACCUGGUGACUCCGGAGCGCCCCAUCCCGCUCUUCAUCGAGAAAUGUGUCGACUACAUAGAGCGCACAGGUCUGACCACAGAAGGUCUGUACCGGGUCAGCGGCAACAAGACGGACCAGGACAACCUGCAGAAACAGUUUGAUCAAGAUCACAGCAUUGACCUGAUGGUGAUGGACGUGGCGGUGAACGCCGUGGCCGGAGCUCUGAAGGCCUUCUUUGCUGACCUGCCCGACCCUCUGAUCCCCUACAGCCUGCACCCGGAGCUGCUGGAGGCUUCAAAAAUCAUGGACUACAUGGAGCGGGUUCAGGUACUGAGGGAGAUCAUCAAGAAGUUUCCWUCUGUCAACUACCAGGUCUUCAAAUACAUCAUCACACACCUGAACAGAGUGAGCCAGCACAGUAAGACCACCCUGAUGACGGCAGACAACCUGUCCAUCUGCUUCUGGCCCACCCUGAUGCGUCCGGACUUUGAGAACAAGGAGACCCUGUCCACCACCAAGCUGAACCAGGCCGUGAUCGAGGCCUUCAUCGUCCAGAGCGACUUCUUCUUCCACGGCGGUGAGAUGGCCGAGAGCUCCGGCAGCGAGGGGACGCCGCCGCUGCCCUGCCACAGCAUGGUGGAGGCGCUGCUGCCCCUGCAGCUGCCCCCGCCCCUGCAGCCGCAGCAGAUCCAGCACGCCCUGCCCCCCGAGCCCCUCAUAUAGACCCCCCGCCUGCAGGGGGACCCCGGGCCGAGCUGCUGCUCUGCUUCCUCUUUACAGACUGGUCUGUGGGACCUCUUCUGAUCCCAGACCCGGGUCAGAGUAAGAACUGCUAACAUUGAGGCACAUAAAUCUGGGUCUGCAGACCCCUGAUGGAAGAGCACACCAGCCCCCCCACCCAACACCAGACAAAAGGGAAGUACUCUGAUCCGAUCCGAUCCAAACCACCUGGUUCUGGUCCUCUCACAGACGGUCUGAGGGACUCCUGAGUCUUCCUGCAGGUUUCUGAGUCCGGAUCAGAUCCAGGAAACAAACGACACUAAAACUGACUCUUGGCUGCUUUUAGGUUGGUUUGUCUUUUUUAUUUCUGGAGGCCUGGUUCUGAAGACCACUCCACAGAACCAGAACCAGUACCUCCUACCACUACAUGAACCCCCCUCCCCCCAAAGGACUGGAGUGAGUCGGUGGUCCACAUGGUGAUUUCAUGUUUUAGCAUCAUUUCUUUGUGUGUCUUUUGUAACGUUUGGUUUCUACCCUGUGUGUGUGUGUGUGUGUG